CAAGGCAACCGGUCUUGUCCCACUCUUUCCGAUGGCUCCCAAGCGACCCAAGAGCGGGGCUGGCGGCGGGGCUUCUGGUCCCCCAGGGGCAGGCGUCAAGAACUGGGAAGCGGGGCUUGUGGCGGUCCGCUUGGAAGAGGAAAAUUGGAUUCCCAGUACUGCCUUUGUUGUUGGGAGCAAACUUGAGGAUGAACUUCACAUAAAGGCACUAACUCUGGCUGUGCAGGUGCCACAAAGGAAACUCUUCAGUGUGGUUUCUUGGGAAGAAUUAUUAGCACAGAUAAUGGAAGUUGUAGAUGUAAAAGCAAAGAAGGUCAAAGACAAAGAAACACCUUUAUUUUAUGAAGUGAUAGAAAUGGCAAAAAGCAUUCUGGAUUCUGGGGAAACACUUCCUGUAACUUUGAUUGGAAAAUUAAUUAAAUAUCAAAUGCUUUGCAUCAAACAAAAAGAUCUUCAGAGAAGGAUUGCUGAAAAGAAGGCACUAGAAGAGCGAGACAAGGAGAAAGAAGAGAAGGGAAAAGGAAAAGGAAAAGCUAAGAAGGAGAAGGAGAAAGAGAAGCCUGUCAGUGCCAAGGCUGGAAAAGGAGGCAAAGGAAAGCGGUCAACUGAUUCACCAAAUAUAUCAGCAACGAUUGUUAAAAAGGAUACCAAACUUAAAAGACGUGGGGAAGAAGAUGAACUUGAUAAAUUCAUUGAUGAUGAACCAGAUGAUGGCUCUCAGUAUUAUUUCAUAAUUACUGGUUUUUACAAUCCUCAACUUUUACCUAUACUGUCUGAUCUGGGCAUCAAUAUUGGAAGCAUCAUUCAGAUUUCUUCCGACAAUUAUGAGCCACUCCAGACCUAUUUAGAAACAACUACUUUGCAGGAAGAACCAUCUCUUGCAUCAGAAGAAUCUGAAAACAAAAAGAAGCAAAAGGCAGAUAAAGACCUAGAAACAUUCUGGAAAUAUGUGGAGCCAAUCCUGAACAAUGGAAAACCAGGAUCAAAUAUUUUUCAGAUAGCUAGACUGCAUCACAAAGUCCAGGAGUCUUCCUUUCCUGUGGACUGGAGCAACAAUGACUUGGUGCUUGAAACUGGAACAGACAUCUUUGAAAAUGUUGCAUGUUUAAUGUAUGACUGCCUGGAUUGGAAAAGACAACACCAGAACUACUUGAAAUCAACUAGAUUUAUUAAUGUACCUGUGGUAGAAAAGAAGAGUAAAUUAGAGGUACAUAUGACUGUUCCAGUUACUCCUACAAAAAAAAAACUGGCUGUAGAUGAGCCUGUGCCACUCCCAGUUUUAACUGCAGAUGUAGACAUGAGGUACUACAACGAUCUCCUGAGUUGUGUCCCUGAUGAGGUGGUUUCUGUUGCUUUAUUACUGGAGUGUAUGUUACAGCAGGUUGUUGCAUCAGAAGAAAAUCUUACACCACCAAGUCUAGUGAUUCCACUGCCACGUGAAGAUGGAUUGGAUCAUACCAUUGCCAGUUAUAUUGUUUCAAUUCUACCUUCACUUGCCCUUCCUGAGAAUGAAAAAAUGGAGCUGUAUAAUUCCUUUUAUUCUGAAAAUGAUGAAAAAGUUACGGCUCCCAGAGGGCCUCUAAUAUUAAACUAUCAUGAUAAUUUGUCUCGGAAGCUACACUACCUAAAGGUAAAAGAUGGUUUAGACCCAAUAAAGAUUGAAGAGGAAAUGAUGGAAAAGCUGCCUUUGAUGGAACUUCUUAAAUUCCCUCUUCCAUCACCUGCAAACAAUACCAAACGCCUUGCCAGACUUCAUGAACUCAUGCACUAUUGUACUGAUGAACAUAUGAAUUGGGCUGAAGUAGAACGAGCCUUUCGAGUAUUUACUUUUGAAAGUUUGAAGCUGACAAAAGUCGAUAACUCUGGGCGGCUUGAAAGUUCUGGCAAGAUGCUUGGUGGUGAUGAUGAGGUGUCUUAUAUCCCAUGGGACAAUCCUGCUAGGUUUGCUAGACAACUGAGACAAGAAUUAAUUAGCAAAAAGGUUUCUAAAGAACUUAAUCAGAAUAAUUCAGAGCUAGACUCUGAGCAUAGUACAUUUCCAAGUCAACAAUGUUUCUCUUUUUUACUGGAGGAAAAUAUCAAGAGACAAUCCAAAUCUUCCAGCUCAGGUUUGAUUGCUGAUGUUCAUGAAAAUGGACUGAAUAAUUCUGUAGAUAAGGUAAUUUCAGCCAUCCAAAAGACCCAGCAGCGGUGUUUGAAUGACUGGAGUUUUGUUGAGCAUUUUCAACCACAACUCCUCUUCCAGGUCCUUCACAAUGCAACUCAGAAUUAUAGGUGCAUUGAUUCCUAUUAUCAUACUCAAGACAACUCUUUGCUGAUAGUGCUUCAUAAUCCCAUAAACCAACACCGUCAGUUCCAGGAGUUCUGGAACAUUUCACUGCAUUCUGAUGUUGGGUUCAGGAAUUAUCUGGAAUUGGUGGCUGCAUCCAUUGAUGAAUGGAUAGUGACAGAAGAAGCCAAAUACCAGGAAGAAAAGAUGGCUAAGGAACUAGAGGCACUUAGAUUGGCUAAAGAGGCAAUGGAGAAACCUCUUGCUGAGGUCAAGUCUCCACCUUCUGGCAAAAAAGGGGCUGUUGCAAAGAAAGCGAAAAGUUCUUCCAAAAGUAAAGUAGAAGUUUCAUCUGAACCUGUAGUUGAGAAGGAAAAAAAUAUAUUUGUCAGAGAUGAAUCUCUCAAGGCCUGGAAGGAAGAGCAAGACAGGCUGUUGGAGGAAGAACGCUUAAAAGAAUUAAAAAAAGCAGAGAAGAAGGAAAAAUCUGAUGGGAAAAAGAAAGGCCAGGGUAAAGAGCCACCCAUUCCUGAAGAAGGAAAACCAUCUAAGAAAAAGGGUUCUAAGGAUAAAGCAGAAUCAUCCAAAUCAAUAGAGGUUGAAGAUCAGGCCAAGUUGCAGAAACAGAGUAAACAAACUAUGCCUCCUUUGCCUGCAGAGAAAGACUAUGAGUUUCUUGGAUAUAAUAUGGGUGAGAAUCCCAUUCAGGUUUCAGGGACUAUCCAGUAUCUUUUCCCUACUGAUGGAGGGCAAAUCCAGGCAGAAAAUAUAAUGUUUGAAAAAGGGUCAACCUUAGUUAAAGUGAAGGUGAUAAAAGAUAAUCACAGUUUCUUCAUUCAUAUAAUAGAUCCCCAGAUAAGCGUAAUAGAAUGUAAAAGUGAAGAAGAAAGUCUGGGUUCCCCAGAAGAACAUGAGAUAAAGCCAGAAAAACCAAUUAAUCAAGGAAAACCUCUGAGCAAAUUUGGAUCAUUUUCUGCAACCUUAGAAAAUGAAAUCCAUCUUUCCUUUAGUUGUUAUGGGGCUUCAGGAAAAGCAGAAGAGGAAACGGAUCCUUAUUUGGCAACUAUUCUGGCUAUCCCAUCAGUAAACUUGCCCACUUCGACUUUUCUUUCCUCGGCUUUUUCUGCCGCUGCAGUUCCUGCUACAGGAAAGGCAAAGCCAGGUAAAGAAAAAUCAGCCAAAUCCUUACCAUCUGCCAAAAUGAGUUCCCGUACGACAAUGAAUGUAUCACCUGAAGACUCUCCAGUGCAAGAAGAGAAAAAGAUGGAAAGAAAUGAGCCAAUCCAAACCAAAGCUGUUCCUGAAACCCAUGUUUUCAAUACUUUGAAUGUGUCUUCUCCCAAUGGAUUGGUACUUACCUUUAUUGGUCAAAAAUUUUCAGGUGAGGAAAAAGGAGAGAAAGACAAGAACGAUGAUGAAGAAAGCAAAACAGAUGAAACUAAAUCAGGUGAAAGCAAGCUGGAAGAAAUCAAAACAGAGGACAGCAAAGAAAAGCAGGCUCAGCCCCAUGAACCCCUAGCUAAAGACAGUGGAGACAAGACAAUGAAUGCCAAAGCCAGUGUUGACUCUGGAGCAGAUCUCACCAUGAGGAAUGAGACUGCCAGCAAGGCUGAGAUGGAAACAGAGGAUAACAAUAUGGACAAGGAAUCUCCUUUUGAAAUAUUUAUUAGGCAGAGUUAUCCACAAAAAGUAAAACAGUUGCAACUUCACAAAACAGUGAAGAAACCAAUAGAGCAAGAAGUAUCCAGAGUAAUAACACGACAAGGGACUGUUGUAAAGUACAUGAUCGAUGGAUCCACUCAGAUACUCUUUGCUGAUGGCACAGUGAUUAGGAGUCCUGAUUCUGGCCCUGUGAUCCCACCUCCACCUCCACCCAGCACACCUCAUACAGAGAUCACACCCACUCUGGAGACAAACACCAAAAAAAGCAGAAAAAAUACUAAAGGUCUGCUUUCAGGAAAAAAUGAAGCUAUUGAAACAAUUGCUGAAGAACAUCUGCCUGAACCUGAACAAUCUACUGAUGCCUUUGCUGGCACCUGGAUAACGACUACCCCAUUAGGCAUUCAGAUAGGUACCAAGGGAAUCGAAAAGCUUGACCUGAAACCACUCUUGUCUUACCAGGCCACUGAUCCAGUUAAUGGAACGGUAAUGGUAAUGAGAGAAGAUAAAGUAUUAAUAGUGGAGAAACCAGAUGGAUCCCGAAUAGUAGAUCAUGCUGAUGGCACCAGAAUAAGCACCCUCUUCCAGGACUGUGUGGAAAUUGUUUCUCCUAAUGACAGUGAAGAAGCAGAAAGUUACCCUCAAACCAUCACAAGGAAGGUGAAAUGCAUGCGUAUCGAAAACCCACACUUUGCAACAGUCCUAACAAACUCAGAGGACAGCACUUGUUGUGCCAUUUUUGCUGAUGGCACUUCAGUUAUAUCCAAGCCACAAGGAACAUACCAGAUUUUACCCAUAAACAAAGGUUCCCUCUUCAUCGACGAAAAUUACUCAGCAGUUUACACGCCAGAGGUGUUUGAAAAAAAAGAUAGUGUACUGAUUUCCAGUGAUGAGAACCAGCAUGUAGGGAAAUACAUUAUGAAACACAAUUCCAAGAUUGUUUGUGAGAUGACAGACCUCACAGGAAAUAUUUUCAAGGUCAUGGCUGAUGGUAGCACCUCUACAUUCAUUCCCACCGUUGAUAUUGAGAGCAAAGUAACUGAACCCACAGAAAUUCAGACUCCUGUGAUAUAUGGGGAACAUGCACCCAGAUUCUUCAUUGUCCAUGCGGAUGGCUCAGGAACUGAACUCCUCCGCACCAAAGAUACAGAAGAAUAUCUGGCAAUGGCAUAUGGUCACCCCACUAUAACUGUUCUUCGGGAGGCAAUACAAGAAUGCCCAGGAGUCCUAAGCAUUACUGUUCUUUGCCCUUUGACUGAAGUAUCUCAAUGGAUAAUGAAAAAAGACUCUGACACCAUUGUUCCUUAUAAUCUCCAGUCCAGAGAUUGGGAAAAUUUCCCUCCUGUUGAGAGAAAGACUCCUGGCCCUCCAUUUGGAAUGCAUGCUUGGAAAGGCCUAUGCAUUGAGUUCAAGGAAUUAGCAGUUUCUCCUGCACCUAUAAAAAAAUGUCCAAAUGUGCUCCAAAUUCGUCGACUAAUCCAGUAUGAGCCAGUCAGUGAUGUAUUAAGACACAAAUUGCAAUCUUCUGUCAAGGAAUAUAUUGACAAAAUCAUUAAGCAAGAAGAUGAGAUGCAAGAAAGGAUGAUUAAAGAACCAAGAACGGAACAGGAAAAGAAAAAUGCUGCAGACCUUCUCAAGCUGGUUAUGUCUUUUCCCAGUCUUGAAGAAUCUUCAGAAUUUUGCAGUAGAGCUCCAAUUUCUGUACUGUAUGAGCAGGCAAUGAUAUCAGAGGUGCCAAGUUCAUCACAGGAAGUAUUUUCAAAGCAAACGGAAGAAUAUUGGAAAAUGAUGAGGAUGAGCCACGACGAGCCCAUGAAGAUUUCUGGCUGGCAGAACAAAUUAGCGCAUACCAGGCAGGAAAUUGAAGAUGGAAAGAAUUGUCUUAUGAGGAUGAGGUACAAAAAGAUCCCUCCCUAUUUCAAGUCUGAAUUUGGAAUGCAAUUUCUUCAAAAAGAGUUUCCAGAUGUUGAAGUUCUCUCAGGAAUGCUCCCUCCUUUUCCAGACAAAGAAACAAAGGAACUGUUGUUGGAUACAUUUACAGAAUCUUCUGAAAAUGAAACUGGUGGAGAGAGCGCAAGAGUCAGCGAUGGCUUGGUCAGACGUAAGCAUUCCAAAGAACUGCCUCCAAACACCAUUUCUUCUUCAAUCUAUGCUGAAACCUAUCCAUCCCAUUUUACAAACGUAGAUGCAGAAGGAAGUGAAAAGGGAGUCCAGAUCCAUCCAAAAGUUCAAUCACUUCUUGUGGACGUUACAGGAUCCCCAAGAAAAGAGAAAGUGAAAUUGCCUGCUUUGAUACAAAGAAGCAAGCCACAAUCAGUACCAAGGCAAAAAAAUGUAGACCUUGUUUCUGGCAAAGUCCGCACAUGCUCUGUCACAGCACCUUCCCAGAAAAUGUCAGGAUUCCUUCUUAUCCCACCAAAGGUGACAUUUGGCAUUCUUAAGGAGGGCUGCACUUAUUCAACCACAGUAGCUUUGAAGAACGUUGGAAUGGACUUCUGCAGGUUUCGGGUGAAACAACCACCACCUUCUACAGGAUUGCGAGUGAACUACACCCCAGGGCCUGUGGCUGCUGGACUGCAAACUAUAUUGGAAAUAGAGAUUUUUGCCAUGGCUGUUGGAGUGGAAGGAGAUGAGGGCUGGGACAAACUUUCCCAUCAGAUUGAAAUUCACACAGAAACUGAAACACUAUUUCUUCCUGUGGAAGCAACAGUCUUAACAGACAUCGUCUAUGAUGAGAGACCAUCAAACUAUCCCAAGGGAGGGCAGGCCUCCAGCAUCCAGUUGAUUCCAGCAAGUCCAGUCUCUCAGUUUAGAGUAAUACUUCCUCACAAGCUUCCUCAUUAAUAGCAGACCGGAUUAAUUUUUUCCAAUAUUAUGACAGUCCUGCAGUGCUAACAUUCUUAAUAUGCAAAGAAUGUUAAAUCGAUGUUUUUGAAGGUUAAUUAAAUUGUUUUUAAACUAAUAUUUAUACAUUGUAUAUAAAUUGGUAUUGUAAACAAUUGUGGGCAUAUCAUCUUAAUAUGAACAUGUAACAAUAAGACAAAUUCUGCAUUACA